CAGCUUCGAGUCUUUGCGGAGAGUCUCACACUUCCAUUACCAUUAUAACACCAGUAUCGUUGUCCUCAAAAGUCGAUCCGUGAGAAAGGACCUGUUGUUAGUCGCCAAACCUUUUUCAUAGUCAUUGACAUUCGGCACACUCUUUUCGAUAGACAUGUGUUCGGCCCCAGUUCUUUUCCUGUCACUCCUUGGUCGAUAUAACUGACGCCGCUCUCGCCGAUCAGACCACGAACAGUGCCCGACAGAUCCAAUUAGAAAGCGAGUCCACAUUCUUGCCCACUUCCCCUGAACGUCUGUCUAUAUUUCUCGGUGGUAACACCAACCAGCCACACUCGGGUCCCUACUUUCUGCCGCGGAACGAUGCAAGACCCCUGGACCACUCCGCCAAAGGUGGCCAGUCCCGCGAGGGGCAAUUCUAGAGUUGAGGAUGGCAAGGUCAAAAAGCUCAAGACAUACAAGAGCGAGACACCUGCUAUACAGCAUUUCAACGGCAAGACCUACGCUUGCGAGUCCUGCAAGAGGGGGCAUCGAGUCCACAAAUGUGACCAUGGAAAGACAAGACCCAUCUCCGAAACACAUCAGCCUGGCCGUCCUUCAGCAGGCCAGAAGAGAGGAUGUCACUGUCCGAGGAAUUGCGCAUGCACCACAAAAGCCUGCAAGUGUGACAGGGACUGUGCUUGUACCCAGGAGAUGUACCUGAUAGUCCGCGUCGACAAUCCCGCCGCUAUCGGUAGGGACGCAACCUCGACACCAAAGCCGAUCUGGGAAGACGCCGAGGGGAAUAAGAUGACUUUAAAAAAAGUCUGGGCAGAUGCUAAUGGAAAAGAAAUCAACGAUGAGGAAUACCAGGAUCGGAAGCGACGCAUGAAGGAGCGUGAGGAAGCCCAGUCAGAUGAGGCCAAGUCGCCCUGUUGCAGUUCUGGGAAGCCCAAUGCCGAGCCAGAGUCGCCCAAGGGAGGCUGUCGACACCGUCAAAACGUUGCUGCGAUACCGCCUCUCCCCGGCCUUCCCAAACCUGAUCCCGAGCUUGUCCAGGGACUUCAACCUCAACCAAGCGAAUCCUGGAAAUCCAGUUGUUCUUGCGGCUCGGGCUGUUCUUGUCUCUACUGCCCUGAUCAUCCCAACAACGCAACGUCAAUUAAUCAUACCCAGCAACAAGUCAAAAACCUCGCAGAGCAAGCUUACAUUGGGAAUCAAAGUCUAACACCGGUCGCUCCUAUGCCUCAAAACAAUCCAAGAUCGUGCAUGGGCGGACAGCCAUCCUUUUUCCUCUCGAGAACCCCCGCUGUGUCUCAACAACAGCUUCAGCAGUUCUUUUCCGAUACGCUGAACCCGAAUGCCAUCUACUUGACAUAUCCUAUCCAGCAGCACUCCUGGACCAACCGGCCUCUCAGCUCACAUUGUUCACAUGGAAAUUCUCCGUCUAGCAGGAUUGGUGUACCCCCAAACGACGUAUAUGCCGAUCCUCCAACAGAAACCCCAACUCCUUGGGACCUCCUACCAAAUGAAUCCAAUGGUACGUGGAAUUUCUCAGAUGGACAGCUGGGUGACAACUCCUUCAGCUGGACAGACUUUGAGGCUUCUUAUGGAACCGAUUAUGCUAUUGGUCAAGCCAGAGUGGCGUCCAUGCCAAAUGCACAUGGCAUUCCUAUGUUCCAGCCUCAAUCGGCCCAGCAUACACCAUCAAUGAGUGCAGAUAUCGCCUCUAUUACCAGCCCACCUCUCCUUGGUGGAUUCCCUGACGCGCCGCCAUCGUUCGACUCGCGUGACCCAUUCGUAAAUUUUGACGGGUCAGCCACCCAAGAUCCGUCCGGUCAAAAUAUCCAGGCAAACGUCUUCAGCUCUGGAACGCUCGCCGACUUUCCGACCUCCUCGCUACCCGCCUUCCCGGUCUCUCAUACCCCUGACCUUGAUUUACCCGAGCCCGCUGCACAACUCAACCCGCAGAUAAGUCCAGUGGAUGGUGGCGCCAUAGCGUGGAAUGGCAGUGGCUAUACCUUUUUUCAAGAUGGUCAUACCGACUCUGACUUUAAUGGAAGACCAGCAUCGAAUUCUCCGGCAAUCACGAGUAAUCCUCCUUGAUAUUCGACCAAGAGACUUGAAGAGAACCAGCACAUAUUCCGCACGAUAAAAGCAUGAACCACAAACCGAGAGACAGCAUUAUGAUUUGACGACAGGACCCGGCGCAGCGUUCCGAUUCUGGACCCCGGAUAGAUAUGCAUGGGCAGACAGCAUGUUAUACACCAAUUCAAUGGUGAUGGCGAACAUACACUUUGGACUCAUAGAUGUCCUCAUUCAAGUACGGGGAUGAUGGAUACGACAUAGCGUUAAAACGUUAAUGUUGACUAUCACCCGGCUCAUUUCGCUGCAAUCAGCUAUUCAAUUGCGGCCUCGCCGCAGGUUUCACUCCCAAUACAAAUUUGAAGUAUAACCCG